CAGGGCAGGAGAGGAGCAGGGGCAGGCAGGAGGCAGGCAGUGUCCUUCAUUCAGCAGCUCCAGCAACAAGCCAGCCACCCUUCUGGAGGCACAAAAUUUCUGCUCUCUGCAUCAGCCUUGGGCUCACGUCUCCAGACCGCUGGCAAUAAAAGUUGGAGCGCAGCGCUGACAGCAUAUCUACCACAACUAAUCUCUUUCCGCACGUGUUCAAGGUUCGCUUUCAGUAAUGUCAUUAGGUGGAGCUGCAGCCUCUGGCACUUCUUGGAAGCUCCGUCUCUGUCAUUCAUUAAACGCACUGAAGAGGGAUGGUAACCUCAAGAUAGAUUAAUUAUCAUCUUUGCCUCCAAGUAUAUCGUGCCCAAACUCUGUGAGAGGUUUUCAAGGUAAUUAAAAGAUGAGGUCCCUGCAAUGAGGAAGUUGCAAUUAAAACUCACGGUGCUGAUAUAGGAAAAGAAGAGGAGUUGCCUUGAAGAACAGAGCAGUAGAGUUUGCAUUGAGCUUCAUUUCGCUGUUCUCCUCCUCACCGUGUAUUGCAGGCCCUGCUCUGAGAAAAGCUACAACUAAGAAGGAAAGAAGCGCGAAGGACAGAAGAAAAAAAGAUGUUGGUGCUGUCUAACAACACAGCCCUGAGCUCCCUCCUCUCCAAGCUGCUUCAAGACCAACUGGAGCAGACCAAUAGCUCUGCCCCAUCUCAGGUUGGCAGUGCCAGCGGCAGCCUUGAAAUCAUCUAUGUGCUGAUGAUGGUCGGCCUCUUCGGCUUCUUCACAGUGGGAGUCAUGGUGACCAACAUCCGCGCCAGGAGGCUGGAGGACUCCCGCAACCCCUACAACAUGUACAUCGCAACAGACAUUUGGCACAAGAAGGACCAGGAGUAUUUUCAAGCCAAGCUCAUAGAAAAUUACAAGCUCUGCUGUGUCUUUGAAAACCAGCUGGCCGUGGAGCAGCCGAGCGCGCAGAUUCCCGAGGUGAAGUCUUCCUAGCAAAACGGGAGAAAGGACUGAACUUUACAUGAGGACAACCCAAGCAAUACCUGCUAUGAACCAGGCUAGCUGCCUUCCCAUCUGCAGAGCUACAGGUGCUGGCCUAGGUUAGGUUGAUCAAUUGUGAACUCACGGUGAAGCUGAUGGGUUUGUGAUGGACCUAGUGCUGCAAAAGUGUUUGACCACCACCUUAGAGCCACUGUAAGGUCAACGAAGAGGGGACACAGCCGAUAGGAGUAUUGUGGGCUCAUCAGCUUCACCUAAUGAAAACUGUAAAUGUUGGUGUUGCCAGCAGGAAUGCUUGCAGUAGUCAGUGUAAUUAAAACCAAUUUGGAUGAAACGCAAGCUAGAGACUUUAACAGCCAAGUAUGGUUUAGGCAAUUAUUUUCAAGUGCGACCAUUGUCUUCCAGGAAGAAGUAGCAGAAAUAUUUCCUUUGUAUUUUUGUCCAGUGUAGAAUAAUCAUUAUAUGCAUUGUACACUGUUGUGGAUGACCCGUGUCUCUGAGAAUCAUUCGCAUCUUUGAGAUAAAAUUUUAGAAAAAGAUUUCCUUUUUUUUUUUUUUUUUUUUUUUUUUUUUGCUAAAAACAAUUUCUGUGGAAUAAUGCAGACUUCAGAGGGAAUUUUGUAGUGACUGUCCCUACUUCCCAUCAGGUCCCCCAGAGCAGCCUUGCAGACUACUUGUGUUUUUCCUGCUCUUGAAUUGAGGUUGGUCUUAGCAGCAAUAUCCACCCUUGUACAAGGACUCAGUAACAUACAGGCUCAAGCAUCUCGAUCACAUUUAAUUAUUGCACAAGACCUAGGUACUAGCCCUUGGUUGGAAAGUGAAUUUCCACACUGUGAAAAGUAGUUUCCCAAAAUCUCUGCUAUUUAAUCACUGGUGCAGCUUAUGUGACUGCUUCACUUGAAACCUGUGAGAUGUUCCUCUAGCUCCCCAGAUCAGCCCCCACUCAGCAGAGCUGUUUAUUUCUUGCAGUAUCUGACGUGAGGUCCGUGCCAGGGAGGUUUUCCUGCCCAUGGCCUCCACACACCCUCCUUUCAUGGGCCACGUCCACAGAGCUGCAGGGGGAAGGCAGCAGAUGAACUCAACUGCUGUGGCAGCAGGUAUCAGCUGUCUCUGCUAAAAGGCAGAAAUACAUCUCCCCUGGACAUUGCGUUGCUCAAAAUAGCAACCCAGCCAGCUUGAAGCCUGUUUUCUUGUUUGGGAUCAAAGAAGCAAUGGUCUGGGCUGGAGGGGACUUUUAUUUCUGCUCUGUAGACACACAUGCCAUUUUUAGCUACUGGAGAGUGAGAAGAAUUGGGAAAGGCUUGAAAGAAAGUCAUGCAGAGCAACCACUUCAAAGGCAAGGCAAGGGCAGAACAGGGACAGAUCACUACCCAAGUAUUUGGACAGGCAAGGGAUGCAAGUCAGAGCAUAUUCCCUUUCCACGCAUAGGUACUUCUUUAGCACUGCACUUUCAUUGAAGUAGUAUUCCAGCAAUGUUUAUGUUCCCAGAAUACUUGAACUUAGAACAAUUAAAAACACAGAGUAUUUUUAAAAAUAUAUUUAUGUGGUGCCUACCAUUGAGCUGAGGGCAAGGUGAAUGUUUUAAGUGCCUUGAACAGCUUGGAAAAUCUCCAUCAGCUUAAUUCUCUGAGUCACUUUUUCCUUUGGAGGAAUGUAGACCAAAGCCAGGCUUUGGAAAAAUGUUGAUUUCUUGGCUUGGGCAUUGUUCUUUUUGGUUCUCACCAUGCAGCCUGUAUAUUGCUUGCGUUUCCCUCCCCCUGUGAGAGUGCAAAUGCUCUUGCUUGUUGGCUCUCCAGGUGCAGGCCUGUGCAGCAUUGAUGAGAAUGUUUAAACUUGCGUUAAAAAUGGCCUCCAUUACAUUAAAACCUUGAAUAUUAAGCAUUUCAAAAGGGCUACCUCCUACAGCUCCCCUUCCGCUUCAGGUGCUUUCAGGCAUUUUGUGCCAAGGCACUUGCUGGUCACCUUAUUUUUGUAGCUCUGGUGCAGUUAUUUGUGACAAGGGUGAUUGACAGAAUUACUUAAAUUCAUCUUUUCUUUUCUUUUCUUUUCUUUUCUUUUCUUUUCUUUUCUUUUCUUUUCUUUUCUUCUCUUCUCUUCUCUUCUCUUCUCUUCUCUUCUCUUCUCUUCUCUUCUCUUCUCUUCUCUUCUUUUUUCUUCUCUGCCAUUUUAUUUAUUAUAAUAAGAGGGGAAAUAUUAUGCCUUAGUCAUAGUGUUUUCCUGUGUAACUAGGUUACAAACCACCUUUCAGUGCCAGUUAUAGAUUCCUUCUAUGGACUUUCACAUUACCUUUCAAUCUUUUCAGUUGUCCUUUCUCCCAUAUGUUUUCCACUUGCAC